GUCUUUGCAGCCCUGGUUAAUCUGGCUGUCAUAGUAACCGUCAAACGUACUCCUGCACUUCACCGCCCUGUAAAUGUACUGCUAUGUAGCCUGGCCGCCGCUGAUUGUCUGUCUGGCCUGGUUGCGCAGCCGAUAUACGCAACAUGGCGCUUAUUAUUACACCACACCACAAACCCCUGCGUUUUAAUGCUCCUUUACCAAGCAACCCAGUCUCUUCCUUUCUUAUUGGUCGGUUGCACUUUUCUAAACUUGGCAAUAACGAGCGUUGAACGGCUGUUUGCUGUCUCCAAGCCCAUCGUCUAUUCGACGACGAUAACACGACGAGGUAUGCAAUAAUUCAUCACCAAACAACAAGGCAGAAUAAAAGGGCAAGGCCCGUUUUAAAAUUCGUAAUUCACAUGUGCCGAAUUUACUGCUGAUGAGAAAACUCUAUUGUCCUCGCGUUAUUUGAGUUUUAUUUGCAAUAAUAGAUUCGGCCUGAUGUUUGUGAAGUUCGCAGAUGUUUGAAACAAGCGGGACUUAGGGAGUUUGAAACGGGAUUUAUUCCCUAGUAGUAGACCCAUCGAAUUUGAGUAGUUGCAUUUGAAUUUGCUGCCUGCUUUACAGGUAAAGCAUGACGAAUUUUGUUAAGCCAUUAGCUCACUGUUUAGUUCAGUGUUACCCUGGGCCAUUUAAGUCUGGCGUGGAUUUUAACAGUUACUGCGCUAUGGUAAAAGGGCACGUAGAAGUAAAGUAAAGGAAACACUCAGAUAAAAGUUUGAUAUACAGUUGUUAUCCAUUUUUGAUUUACUCAGCCAAUUUUGGUAUUUUUCUAACAUACUGAGGAUUUCAAAUGUACUAUGGCUUAUAUUUAAAGAUAGGUCCAUUUGGAAUCAUAAUGGGUUAUAAAAAAUACUGAAAGAUCAUCCUCUCAUUCUUAAAAAAUAUCGCUUUUUUCCAUGCCUUAAUUUGUUUUUCAGGUAUGCUUAAAACUGUGUUUUGCGCAUGGGUGAUCUGGUUCAUCUACAUAAUCGUUUUGGAAACUGCAGUGCCUGAGGUGGUUUACAAACCAAUGGAAAACAUCACGUUGUCUUCACUGAUUGCUUUCCCGAUUGGUGGACACGUUUUGACCUUCUUUGCAAUCCACACCAGCAACAGAAGGAUAGUGAGUGUUGCCCACAAUUCUCAACAAGCGUUUCUUUUUAAAAGGGAAAAAAGAGCUUUUACGGACAUGACUAUGUACACCAUCGCAACGUUAUGUUCUAUUCUUCCUAUUCUACUUCUCCUAAACGUUAAGGGUAGUGUCUUUUCUCGCAAUAUUUUAUUUCCUUGGGCAGCAACCUUCACUUUUCUUUUAUCGUCCUUCAACCCUGUUAUUCAGAUCUGGAGAAAUGCUACCUUAAGGCAAGCACUAAGAGCUGCCAUAGUACAUCGUAGUUAA